AUGAUCAUCCACGGAUUCACCGAUAAUGCCAAUCGGCCGUGGAUGCCUCAGAUGAGAGACGCUUUAUUCUUACAGGAUCAGCCUGAAAAGUUGAAGGUCAUUCUUGUGGAUUGGCACCGAGGAUCCGUCGGGGGUGAUUAUCCCGCUGCCGCGAGGAAUGUGAUGAUGUUGGCGAAGAUCACUGCCGAGUUGCUCCACCGCAUAAUGAAGAGAUACAACCUGAAGGAGAAGAAUAUCCAUCUGAUCGGACAUUCCCUCGGCGGACAAACUGUUGGUCAGAUGACCGCCUGGUUGUUUGAGAACUACAACAUAAAGAUUGGACGCGCUACAGGGCUGGACGUCGCGAGUCCUCUGUUCUUAGAGCGUUUCAUUCAACCGAACAAAGCCCACGUCCAUUUCCUGGAAUCUGUCCACACAUCGUCCGGCGACUCCUUGUUAGAGGGAAAGUUUGGUUUGAGGAACGCUUUCAGCCACUUGGAUAUAUAUCCAAACGGUGGGACGGUACUACAACCCGGCUGCGUCCUACCUCCUACAACAAUACACUGCAGUCAUGAUCUAUCGCGGCCUUUCUACUCACAACUCCUGAUCAUCUGCAACAGAGGAUGCGGAUUCGAUGUGACCAAUUGCGGCAGCGCGUUGGUGGCGAACUUGAAAAUGUGUGCGGGACCAGUGGUUGAUAUAUGCAGCAGGAUGAAUUAUCUGAAAGAUCAUGCCACGGAGAACGACAGUGAGGUCGUGUACUUCGAAACGAAGGAGGAUCAGCUAGUGAGCUCCUGCAAUAAGGAUUGGGAGUCAAGCUUGAUGACAUCCAUGGGUGAUCUCGUGGAUCUGGUGAAGACUGGAAUUAACCCGGAGACACCUGUCAGAUUGCGAUACAUAUAUAUAUACCGACAAAGGAGAGACGAUAGAGUCUUCGUGGACGAAAUAAGGUCUGCGACGAGUCCCCAUCGAGAAAACAUGGGAGCUUCUCCAACUCCCUUAAUCUUUGUUCUCUGGUGUGUCUGCGCCUAUUCAGCCGUCGAUGCUCAGGAAUCACUGCAGACCAUCUUCAGUGAUGACUGGUGUCCAAAAAUCAAGCUGUACAAUGGGGAAAAGGUCGACUUAGGCUGUUUCGAUUCAGUGCUCGGAUUCCUCCCCUUCGAGCCCAAGAAAAUCAAUCCCACAUACUCGCUGUACAAAGGUGACGAUCCCUCACGCUGUGUGCGACAAUGGAAAUACGACGAACCCCUCGAUCAUGAGGCAGACGACGUCCUCUCCUCGGAUUCGCACGUAGCUCUCGUCGUUCACGGGUUCCGUGAUGCUAAUGAAGAUGAGGGUUGGAUGCAGGACAUGAAAGACGCUUUGCUCAACCAGAGCGAGCCGGAGAAGAGAGCUGUCAUCAUCGUCGACUGGAGCGAGGGAGCAGAAGGACCCAAUUACGCAAGAGCUGCGAGCAACGUCGUCAUGCUCGGAAGAAUCACCGCGGAGCUCCUGAACCGACUCACGAAACGCUUCAAUCUCAACACUGACAACUUCCAUCUGGUGGGACACUCCCUCGGAGGACAGACCGUCGGAAUGAUAACACAAUGGUGGAACUCGAAGUACGGCGUCAGAGUUGGUCGCGCUACCGGUCUGGACGUCGCGGCGCCCCUUUUCGAAGAACGGAGGAUUUGGCCGAGCAUGAACGACUCCAAAUUCCUCGAAGGAAUCCAUACAUCGUCGGGACCUUCCCCGGUGACUGGAGACUACGGACUCACCGUGAACUUCGCUCACAUCGACGUGUACCCGAACGGAGGCAAAGCCCCGCAACCUGGAUGUCUCAUUGGGGCCUUGGACAUGGGAUGCAGUCACGGUCUCGCAAAGAGCUUCUUCGAGGAACUCGUAAGAAGUUGUGCCCAGGGCUGUAACUUCGAGGGACAGGCCUGCAGGAGCGUUGCCUGCGCGGAGGACGCCGAUUGUGAGAAACAAAUUGUGGACCUGUGCGAACGGGCGGAGGCCUACUCAAGGAGAGGUGCCGAGCCGAGGAAUCAGAUCGUCUACAUCGACACGACAUCGGAAGCCUACAAGAAUCGAUGCGGGGGAUCGCAAAAUACGACCGAGUCGGAGUGAAGUUUCGUUCCAGAACAUUGGGAUGCACGCCGUGGGAGAAUGUCAUCUAGCAUCUCGUUGAAUAUCUUAUGAAUAAACGACCACGGAGAAACCCGCGAUAUCCCGUGAA